UGUUAACAAAAAAGUAGUGUGUAUUGUGCUAUUUUUUUUUUACUCUAGAAACUUAACCAUUUGUAGAGAAAAAGGAAACAAAUUUUCACACAUUGAAGUUUCUUUCUGACAUAAAAUUAAUGAUAAAUAAUCAUAGAAAUCAAGCUUUAUAUUUUAGCGAACAUAAGUACUUUCAACAAACUCAGGUGGUGUAUCAGGGAGACAUUUUCUGGGUGUUUUUGUGUGUUUUCUGUCUUAGAAAAGAAUGUAUUCUAAUGCAAGUAUGUUUCUCUGCAGGAGUUAUUCCUGAUGAGACUAAGGCUUUGUCUCUGUUGGCACCAGCUAAUGCAGUGGCAGGUCUUCUGCCUGGUGGUGGACUCCUGCCUACUCCCAACCCACUUACCCAGAUUGGUGCUGUUCCAUUGGCUGCUUUGGGAGCUCCUACUCUUGAUCCUGCCCUUGCUGCACUUGGGCUUCCUGGAGCAAACUUGAACUCUCAGUCUCUUGCCGCAGAUCAGUUGCUGAAGCUUAUGAGUACUGUUGAUCCCAAGUUGAAUCAUGUAGCUGCUGGCCUUGUUUCACCAAGUCUGAAAUCAGAUACCUCUAGUAAAGAAAUAGAGGAAGCUAUGAAAAGAGUACGAGAAGCACAGUCCCUAAUUUCUGCUGCUAUAGAACCAGAUAAGAAAGAAGAAAAAAGAAGGCAUUCAAGAUCAAGAUCACAUUCUAGGAGAAGGAGGACUCCCUCAUCUUCUAGGCACAGGCGAUCAAGAAGCAGAUCCAGGAGGCGAUCACAUUCUAAGUCAAGGAGUAGGCGACGAUCCAAAAGUCCAAGACGGAGAAGAUCUCAUUCCAGAGAGAGAGGUAGAAGGUCAAGGAGCACAUCAAAACCCAGAGACAAAAAGAAAGAAGACAAAGAAAAGAAACGUUCCAAAACACCACCAAAAAGCUAUAGCACAGCCAGACGUUCUAGAAGUGCAAGCAGAGAGAGACGACGACGACGAAGCAGGAGUGGAACAAGAUCUCCUAAAAAGCCUAGGUCUCCCAAAAGAAAAUUGUCUCGCUCGCCAUCCCCUAGGAGACAUAAAAAAGAGAAGAAGAAAGAUAAAGACAAAGAAAGAGGCAGAGAUGAAAGAGAACGAUCAACAAGCAAGAAGAAGAGGAGUAAAGAUAAGGAAAAGGACCGGGAAAGAAAAUCAGAGAGUGAUAAAGAUGUAAAACAGGUUACACGGGAUUAUGAUGAAGAGGAACAGGGGUAUGACAGCGAGAAAGAGAAAAAAGAGGAGAAGAAAACAACAGAAGCAGGUUCCCCUAGAACAAAGGAAUGUUCUUUGGAAAAGGGAACUGGUGAUUCACUAAGAGAAUCCAAAGUGAAUGGGGAUGAUCAUCAUGAAGAAGACAUGGAUAUGAGUGACUGAAUAUUGCCUCAGUGGGAAUCCACCUGUAUACAUGCAUCAGUGUCAUUCCUUUGUGUGAUUUUUUAAUGCUGUAUUGUUGACAUCUCAAACCUAGAUGUAUACAGCUCUCAGUUAUAAAUGGUUAUAAAGCUCCUGGUAUUGAUAUUAGUUAUUUACAUCAAAAAGCUUUUAGAAAAUGGUACAUGGGUAACCAGUUUUUCUUGUGGUGAAAUCUGAUUGAGUAACCAAGCAGUUUUACUAUUCUGGUGCUGCUUCAUAACAAAAAUGAAAAGCUGCAUGCAUCUACAGCAGGCAUGGAUUGUUUAUGUUGUAUGAUCUCCUUUAUUAAGUAAGUUCACUUAUAGUAUUUCUAGAAUUUGAUUCUUUGCCAUAAUAGAGCCAUGUAGGGAAUGCACUGAUUGCAUGUUAUUGUGGCAGACAAGAAUAUCCUAAAUGUCAUUAAAAUCCUCCAACAACAUGAUGGAUCUACUUAUGGUCUUGUUUGUUGACAUGACAAAUUAACAUUCUUGUAGUUACAUCUGGAAAUGAGCAUUUGAAUUAGAUAAUCUUAUAAGCCUUGUGGCUAAAUUUUUGUGGCUUUUGUUUAACUUUGAAAGGUUAUGUAUGCACUAACCUUUUUUUGAUGGCUAAUUAGGCUUUAAUUACAGAAACAAGGUUUCAAAUAAAACUGUCUUUGGCAGUGAGUAAAUAGCAAGAUAUUUUGAAGUAGAGUUGUAUACUUUUUCGUAAGGCAUUUGGGAAUUUUUUUUUCCUGAAAUGAUAAUUUAUUCCACAUUUACAUCAGUGAAAACUAUCUGCCUAUUCUGAGUCCAUCUGUAAAAAAGUUAUCUGUUGUCCUGAUUUUCAAUUUUCCACUCUUGUUUUAAGCUCAGUGUUGGAAAAAGGGGGUAGUGCAUUUUAAAUUGACCUUCAUAUGCUUUUAAAAUAAGACAAAUCUACUUGAUAAUGUACCUUUUAUUUGAUCUCAAGUUGUAUAAAACCAAUAAAUUUGUGUUACUAUUACCGCAGUAGUAAUUUUAUGCACACAGUGAUUCCAUGUUAUAUGCAAAGUAGUUAGGCAACUGUUUUCUUAGUUACAGGAGUUUCAAGCUUCACUUUUGUGCAGUAAAAACAAAAGUAGGCUACAGUCUGUGCCAUGUUGAUGUACAGUUUCUGAAAUUGUUUUACAAGACUUUGAUAAUAAAAACCCUUAAACUUAUGUUUCAUGUUCCUAUAAAACUAUUUGUAUUUAUUUACACUAUUGAAUGUAUGACAUUUACCUCAUUCAUUUCACAAAUUAAGUUCUUUCCCUUUCUAGCCAUGUUUAAAUACAGCAACAAGAUGAAAUCCAUCAUUGUAGUGAUAGUUGCCUUCAGAAUUGUCAAACAUGAUUUAAUUUCUUUCUAAACAAUCUUUUUAUUAGCUUAGUAUGAUUUUAUUUCUCGUGUUUUGGGAGUGGGAAUGGGGUUGGAUAAAGCAAUGGACUUUAGGAUAAAUAAAUGAUCCCACCUAUAUCUAGUAAAUUUAUAUUUUCAGUGAAAUACAAAUAUUUGCCUUUUCUGGAGUAGUAUAGAAGCUGUCAAUGAUAUGUAUCUACUGUAUAAUACUAAAUAGUAUAUUUAUUCAUUUAUGAAACAAGUAGUGUUUGUGUGUCUGGGACUAAGGGAAAAUGAGACUUGGAAUUGUAGCUUUUAUCCAGGUUUUGAGUAUAAAAAUUUUUUUUUUUUUAAACACUGUUCUAAAAUAGAAAUGCCAUAUAGAAAAGCAACAUCAUUUUUACAGUUUGUAGUAGGUAACUUUUUAAAGAUUUUAUCAAAAAGAAUUUUGUCUAUAGUGAGUAAAAGAAGUUCUAGUAACGGUCCUAAUAAUCACUGCAUUUUUAAAAACAAAGUUGAUAGCAAAUGGUAUUUCUUUAAACUUUUUUUUUAGCAAAGGUUGAACCAUGUGAUAUGGCUAGUUUUUUUUAAGUCAAAAACAAGUGAAAUAUUGGCAGUUUCAUUCACAUGGUAAACCUAACAUUCAGAGUCUAUUCCCUUACUUGUAAUCUGAGUACAAAAAUAUUAACUUUUCUAAAAUAAUUAAAAAUUUUUGGUUUUAAAAUAGUGCCACUGACUUCAGAUGCUGCAGUGAAGGGAAUCCAUACUUAAGGAUAUUUACUUUCAGUGGACAUUCUCUACACAGAUAAUGUUGCACUGGGUCACAAGCCUUUUUAACAGAUAACCAGUUGAAAUCAAGUGAACACUGCCUCCACACUUGAGUUUUGUUCUGUAUUUGGUAGUAAAAAUGAUUAAAAAAUAAAAGUGGUUUUCUUAGAAAAA